UGGGACGGCCCCUCAGCUCAGAACUUUAGGACUUCAGAAUUUUCCUAUUGCAUGUAGAAACCACACUCCGUGACACUAUUGCAGAUCGAAACCACACUCAAGACGCAACGGGAAAUCUUCUUCUCCGAUCAGAAAACCAAUGCAGCGUCAUUCUCAACCUGCAAAGAAGUCGAAAGAGUGGUUAGGAGUUAGUUUCAAGCCAGCGAACUUUAUACCUGGGGUGGUAAUCGGUUUUAUUCUCGGACUAUUGUUGGAUCUGUCGAAGCCCUCUGGACCUAGCGGCAAUAACAAUCGAAGCAACAAUUCCCUUACCAGGAGGAGUCGAUUGUUGUCCAGAAAUCAAAAGGAGAAGACAGUGACCCAAGGAUCAGCUAACUCUGAUGAUGAACUCAAACUGGUCUUGGUGGUAAGGCGAGACUUGAAGAUGGGACAAGGGAAAAUUGCAUCCCAAUGUGCACAUGCUGCAACUGGCAUGUACUCAGAGCUAAUGUCCAGUGAUAGGUCUCUGUUGAGGCAAUGGGAAAUUUGUGGGCAGCCCAAGAUAGUUGUUAGCUGCAGGAACCAGCAAGAAAUGAACAAGUUAAAGGAAGCAGCUGACAGCAUAGGCCUCCCCACUUUUGUUGUUGCGGAUGCCGGGCGUACACAGGUUGCUUCUGGUUCAAAAACAGUUCUUGCUGUUGGGCCUGUUGUAGUUAUUGGAGGCCAUUUGAGAACACGAAAGUUCACUUUUCCAGGAAAUUCAGGAAGUAAAGCAACAGUGGAUUCCAUAACUGGGAAAUUAAACCUGCUUUGAAUUCCUGGAAACUAAAUAGGCCUUGAUGGUGGGAUAUUACGAUGGCCAUUUCUUCGCUAUUUGAUCUUGAGAGCUGACAAGAGACUGCAGGCAGAAGCCAAGCUGCAGCCUUUCAUGGACUGCAAGUUUUGCUUUUCUACUAGUAAUCCAGUCUCCUGUUUUAAAAGAGCAAUUUUCCAAACAAAUUGGGCAUGUUAUUGUAAACAUUACGAUGUAAAAGUUUCCUAUAUACUGUGUCAUUUGUUGAUCAAUGCUACUUGUGAUGGAUAUGAAAGCUG